GUGGGAAAACACCGGUUUGAAAUUAGCGCGAGGGUGGGGGCUUUCCACGAGGCUCACCUGAGCACAAGCAGUUUUGCAGGCAUGAGAAAUCACAGUGAGAGCAACGCUUUUUCACCAUAUGUUAAUGUGAAGAGUGAACAGUAAAUGGUUAAUCUUACUGCGAUCUGGUUUGCAUUGGCUGUGGUUUAUCCGGACGUUAAAUUCGGCGUUUCGUUACACCCGAAGGAGAACGUGACAGUGAAAAAGCGGCAUUAUCAGGUGUUUCAAGUGCUGCAAUGUCAGCUCAAUCCAGCAUCAAGUCGACGCCGCCCAGCGACAAGGGCAGUAAACCGACAUCAAGUAAGCCCACCCAGGCGUUAUCAGGUGUUCCAAGUGCUGCAAUGUCAGCUCGAUCCGGGAUCAAGUCGAUGGCGCCCAGCGACAAGGGCAGUAGAACGACAUCAAGUAAGUCCACACAGGCAAGAGCCAAGGCAGAAGCCGCCAAGGUGCGACUGCAUUACGCCAAACAAGAGGCAGUUUUGAAAAUGAAACUGGCCACCAGAGAAGCCGAAAUCCAGAAAGAAGGGGCUGCCAGAGAAGCCGAAAUCCAGAAAGAAAGGGCCACCAGAGAAGCCGAAAUCCAAAGAGAAGAGGCUGCCAGAGAAGCCGAAAUCCAGAAAGAAAGGGCCGCCAGAGAAGCCGAAAUCCAGAAAGAAAGGGCCGCCCGAGAAGCCGAAAUCCAGUUGGAAAUGGCAAAAAUAUCGACAGAGUUGCAAGUGCUGCAGCUAGAAAGAGAAGAAGCUGCUGCCAUGGCGGAAGCAAAGUACAUAGAAGAAGCUGAAGGGUCGCGUGAUCUGACCGCAGCAAGAUCUACUUUAGAAAGGACCAGACUGGAACGCACAAGCGACUAUGUACAAUAUCAAAUAGACAGGCAGGCUCGUCUCCCCUCUCCAUACCUAUUCGAUAACUUCCCCAGCUACGAGGAAGAGAAUUUACCCUCGCGGCCCCGCGAUGAAGUCAAGAAUGAAAGAGCUGACAACCGAUAUACUUUGACACCAAAGUUACAAAGUUCGAUGCGAAGAGACGCGGAGGUUGAAUCCAGGAUGGCAAAUUCCAUGAGAAACGUGCGUUCUCAGUCAUAUGGGCGCCAACGUACUUCUCCAGCCCGCAUGCCGCUUGCAGCCGAUCCCACGCUGCAGUAUUUAGCACGACGGGAUCUCGUCACUUCGGGACUGUACCAGUUUGACGAUAAACCCGAAAAUUACCGUGCUUGGCUCUCCACAUUCACCAACGUGAUUGACGGGGUCCAGCUCAGUGCAACCCAAAGGUUGGACCUUAUGGCGAAAUGGCUGGGGAAAGAAUCACGCGACCAGGUGAGACGCAUGCGUUCAGUGUACAUCAACAAACCUGAGCUAGCCUUAAGCGAAGCGUGGGAGAGACUUUGGGAGAGAUAUGGGUCCCCCGACAUUAUUGAAGGGGCGCUAUAUCGACGUCUGGAAAACUUUCCUAAGGUGUCAGCCAAAGAUCACUUUAAGUUAAGAGAAUUCGGAGAUUUACUCAUGGAGAUCCAAGGCGCCAAAGAAGAUGGCUAUUCAGCUGGUCUAGUAUUCCUAGAUACUCCAUCCGGGAUUAGACCAAUUGUGGACAAACUUCCAUUUGGGCUGCAGGACAAGUGGCUGACUGUUGCCUCAGAGUACAAGGAAGACCACGAUGGUCGAUUUCCUCCCUUUGAGCUCCUCACUAGGUUUGUGUGCAAGGAGGCGAAGAGGCGAAACGACCCUAGCCUUGUAGGUCCAGGAAGCAGUUCGAUUUACACCAAGCCAGGCAGAUCCGUUUCGAAUGUUUUCAACAUUGAUAAACCCGUGUCAGUGCUCAAGACCGAAGCCCUUACAACUAACAACGACCCUGGCAAGUAUUGUCCAUUGCAUAACAAACCUCACCCCCUGAAAGCAUGCAGAAUGUUUAGGGAAAAACCCCUUGAAGAGAGGACGGCUCUUCUCAAGGAGAAAAGAAUAUGUUUUAGAUGCUGUUCCUCAACCUCUCACCUCGCCAGAGAGUGUACGAUCGCCGUGAAGUGUCCGGAAUGUGGCAGCCCAGAUCACGUCGAGGCCAUGCAUCCCGACCUGUCACCACAAACCGAGAGCGCUCCUUCACCCCCACAACAGGACGGCGGGGAGGGAGAGGCUCACUCUAGGUCAAUAGCUGUCAGCACGAACUGUACAGAAGUUUGCGGUCAAGCUCAGUCAAGUCGUUCUUGUUCCAAGAUCAGCCUCACUAAGGUGUACCCUAAAGGAGCCAAAGACAAGGCCAUCAAAGCCUAUGUGAUUCUGGACGAUCAGAGCAAUCGUUCACUAGUCAGUCCAGAGUUCUUUAAAUUGUUCAACAUUGAGAGUGAGCGGUUCCCAUACUACCUCAAAACUUGCUCAGGCAACAUGAAAACCCAAGGAAGGAAGGCAGAAGGCAUCCAGAUCGAGUCCCUGGAUGGUAAAGUCGUCAUCUGUCUCCCUCCGCUCUUAGAGUGCAAUGAAAUCAUGAAUAACCGCGCUGGGAUCCCGACACCAAGUGCGGUGCUACACCAGCCGCAUCUCCACCACAUCGCCAAACACAUCCCAGAACUGGAUCCGAAAGCGGAGAUACUCCUGCUAUUAGGAAGAGAUGUUAUCCAGGUACACAAGGUUAGGCAGCAGAUCAAUGGACCACUCAACGCCCCCUUCGCGCAACGUCUGGAUCUGGGCUGGGUGGUGAUAGGAGAGGUGUGUCUCGGUGACGUACACAAACCGAUGGUUAACACACUCAAGACCAAUGUGCUAGAGAGUGGCCGCCAUUCAAUCUUUCGACCCUGCCCGAGUGUCCCGUGCAUCAAGGAAGCACAACAAGGCGUUAACAAGCGCGAGGCAAGCGACGAGUCGCUGGGCCAGUCAGUCUUCGCUCUAACGAAGUAUGACAACAAACUUGCACAAUCAGCUCAAGAUACCAUUUCUUUAAAAACCAAAGACACCAAGGUCUUCAGAGAUGAAGCAAAUAAUGGGGUUGCCCCAUUGCCAAUCAGAGAACCACGCCAGCGCUCACCAGAUAACAAAGAGCAGGCAGUCAAACGGUUCACGUCCUUACGGAAAACCCGGAAAAGGAAACCUGAGAUGCAGCAACGCACCCGAUUGGCCCACGAGGUACUGUGCACCCUAAUGGCAGAGGUCACAGCCAUUAUAAACGCACAAUCAUUCCUACCUGUGUCUUCUGACCCAGAAAACCCCUUUAUACUUUCGCCAUCAACGCUCCUUACGCAGAAGGCAGGGGCACCUCCUCCACCAGGAGACUUCUCAGACAAGGAUUUGUACACAAAGCAAUGGAGACAAGUCCAGGCUCUGGCAAAUCAGUUCUGGCCUCGCUGGAGACAAAAAUAUCUACCUUUGUUGCAACAGAGACAAAAGUGGACAGAACCCCACAGGAAUCUGGCCAACGGCCAGAAUCACUGUUACAUUCCCUAGCGGGGAUGGACAUGUCAGGAAGAUCGAAUUGAAGACUACCGACCAAGGCGAUGUGAAACUUUACCAAAGGCCAGUUACAGAAGUUAUUCUACUUCUACCCAAUGACUGAUUAAGAGACUAAGUUUGUACUCUGCUCAU